AUGAUGACGCUAAACGCGAUCUCGUUGUACGACGAUCUCGGUGAUUCUGAAUCGUCGUCAGCAACGAAGCCAUCACCAAAAACAGAUGGCGAAAAGUCGGAGCCAGAUGCAGAAGCAUCGAACCGGAAAAGAUUACGAUCCGAAGAGGGUGAUAAAAAUUCCCAAGGUGAUGAGAAAGAUACGAUAAAAUCGAAGGCCGGGAACGCGGCUGAUAAGCAAACUGAAAACAAUUCGGGUGUCGGCACGGUGAGUUUGCUGAGUGUAUGCGGAUGGCGUAAGGGUGAACGUGAAGAAAUGCAAGAUGCACACGUUCUUGAGGAUCACUAUGAUAUAAUCACAGGUGAUAUCAAGGCAUGUGCCCUUUAUGGUAUAUUCGAUGGUCAUGCCGGUAAGAGAGCCGCACAGUUCAGCUCACAACGAAUGCCCACAAUUCUUAAGGAUAAACUCUCAGCAUGUGUGUACUUCAGUUCAUUUAAACACAUAAAUUUUUCACUCUUCUCAUUUUUGGUUUCGAAUAUCACGAUUUAUAUUAAGAAUACGGUCACGAUUUAUUAA